ACUUCUUCUUAGUAUGAUAAUUAACCAACACCUUACCUCGAGGCUAUACGUGGUUGAAUUACUAAUAUAAGAAUACCUAGCGAAAUGUGGGCUUCGGACCAGACUUUAGUGUCUUACCCGCCGGAUUACAGCAUUUGGAGGCAAUAGCUUGCGAUCGAUAGAAAAACGACGAUGACCCAACUUCAAGCGGUCAAAUAAUGUGAAAACUAAUGCUUUGAAGAAUCAACUUCGUUCCAGGGAUACGAUUACAUAAGAUAAAUUGUUUCUAUUUCAACAUCAGAAGGAAUUUUCGCUUCAUUCUCACUUAAGACCUUUCAUUUGUCACUCACAUCGAUUAAACUAGCACACCUACUACCCCUUUGAACACUCACGAGAGGACGUAUCUAAGCACAACUACCCCGUAACAGUAUUGUAACAUACAGAACCACUUAGACCACCGCACACAAUGGACACCGAGACCUUCCUCACCAAAUCCUACACGCAAAUCCGCUCCGUCGCCGCCGUGCCGGCCGGAACCCAAGCCCGCACCCUCCCCACCUCCUCCGCGCUCUCCCUCGCCCGCUCAUCCCUGCCCUCGCUCUCCCCCUCCCCCUCCCCCUCACCAUCCCCAUCCUCAUCCUCUUCCCCUUCCAAUUUACCCCCCCUCGCCCCCCUCGGCCCACAAGCAACGAUCCAGCACCUCCUAACCGCCGUCGCGCCCGCGCUUCCGGGGCACAACCGGAGCGGGCGGUACUUCGGGUUCGUGACUGGCUCGUCGCUGCCCGUCGCCGAGGCGGCGGACAACCUGGCCAGCGCGCUCGAUACUAGCGUGCAGGUGCACCUGCCCGAGCAGAGCAUCGCGACCGAGGUCGAGGACGUGGCUCUGCGGUUGCUGCUCCGGCUUCUUGGCUUAGAAUCAGAAACAAGCGAGGAGAAAGGGGAGGGUUUAGGCUGGGAGGGCCGCACGUUUACGACGGGCGCGACGGCGAGUAAUAUCCUGGGCCUGGCGUGCGGGAGGGAGGAGGUCGUGCGCAGGAGGUUGCCUGCCGCGAGCGAGGCGACGGUGGGCGAGUUGGGGAUCCUGGGGGCGUGCGCGGAGGCGGGCAUUAGGGAGAUACGGGUCCUGACUAGUAUGGGGCAUAGCUCGUUGUCUAAGGCGGCUUCGGUGGUAGGUUUAGGACGACGCGCGGUUAAGGAAUUGCCGUAUAGCGAGGCCGAGCCGUGGAGGUUAGACUUGGAUGCCGUUGAGCGGGAAUUGAAGCGCACGGAAGAGGGUAUCGCGAGUAUUGUGGCUAUCAGCGCUGGUGAGGUUAACACGGGCCGGUUUGCUACGACUGGGUUGGAAGACAUGAGGAGGCUGAGAGAAUUGGCGGAUAAGUAUCAGGCCUGGAUACAUGUCGACGGCGCAUUCGGCAUCUUCGCCCGCGCUCUACCAGAUACAGACGAAUUCGCGAAGUUGCGGGAAGCUACAGCAGGCCUCGAGCUCGCGGAUAGCAUUACUGUAGACGGGCAUAAAUUACUAAACGUCCCCUACGAUACCGGCAUAUUCUUCACCCGCCAGUCCGCAACCCUACACGCCGUCUUCCAGAACCCGAACGCGGCCUACCUAACCCCCUCCGGCUCCGGCCCCGCCAUCCCCAGCCCCCUAAACAUCGGCAUCGAGAACUCGCGGCGCUUCCGCGCGCUCCCCGUGUACGCCGUACUCCUCAGCGAAGGGGCGGCCGGGAUCGCCGAGAUGCUCGCGCGCAUGGUGCGGCUAGCGCGGGGCGUAGCCCUCGCCCUCAUCUCGGACCCGGAUUUGAAAGACGACUACGAAUUACUACCAGCCGACGACGCGGUCGAGAGCACGCACGUGAUAGUCCUGUUCCGCGCGCGGGACGUGGGGUUGAACGGCGUGCUGGUGAGGAAGAUCCAGGACUCGGGCGAGUGGUACGUGAGCGGGACGAAGUGGAAGGGGGAGCCGGCGUGCCGGAUCGCGGUGUCGAGCUGGAGGGUGAAUGUUGAGGAGGAUUUGGAGUUUGUGAAAAGUAGGCUGGCUGGUAUAGCGAAGGAGUGGAAGGAGGGUGGUAGGUGAAAAGGAUAGGGGUAGAGCUUAGGUCAAUCUCGGUGAGUGAUAGGGAACAGUUAGAAUCUUGAGAGAUUUCGCGGGUUAAACGAAAAGGGAUCUUGCAAAGGACUCCGGUCCCUAUGUAAUUUUAUUAGAUGC